AAAAAGUGGAAAUAACUAAGUCUUGAAGUGUAUCCCAAGUACUCCAACCAUGAUGUCCGAAAUGCUGCACCGACCCGUUUCCCUUGGGAGUAAAAGAUCCCCCGAUCCGAUCGAUCUGUUCCUGGAGCAGCACCUUCUCUUCCGGAAGCACACGGUGAGGAACGCCUCGUGCUUGUUCCGCGUGGUCGCCGAGCAGGUCUAUGACACCCAGAUGCUGCACCACGAGGUGCGCAUGGAGUGCGUACGCUACAUGUUCCGGAAAAGGAGCAGUUUCCGGCGAUUUGUGAGUGGCGACUACGACGAGUACCUGUGGCGCCUGCAGAUGCCCAGGACGGCGGGCACCAUGCUGGAGCUAUGCGUCCUGGGCCACCUGUACCGCCGGAACGUGAUCAUUUACAAACCCUUCGACCUGGGCGAUCUGGUCAUCCACCGCGAGGGCUACCCGGAGACCCUGAGGGUUUUUGUUAACCACCGCGGGCACUUUGACUCCGUGCUGAUGAAGUCGGAAAUCGAGCUGGCCGCCAUUGGCCAAGCCGUGGCCUUCAAGUUGCUCUACAAGCACUUCUUCCGCCUGCCGGACAUCGAUCUUGCCGUGGAAUGGAUGCUCCAUCCGGAGACCUUCAGAUGGGGCACCGACUUGGAGUUCGAUCACCGCGGCAAUGCCAUCCGGUUGCUGUGCAGCAACGGUCGCAGCUUCAAGCUCGACCGCCCCUCACAUACAUCUUGCAUCCUCGCCAACUACCAAGGUUGCCCGUUCCACAAUCCCAGGCUGAAGGUUCGCCGCUUCAUGGUGUCCUGCAUGCGACGUCUCCUGGAACGGAAUCGCCCGCCCAUUUCCUAUCUGACAGCCAAGUCCUUGGAUCCCUAUAUGUACCGCAACGUCGAGCUUAAUUGCCUGCAGGAAGACCUACGCAAGUCGAUCAACUCGAAUGUCUAUAAAGGAGACUAUAACUUCAAGGUGGGAGCCAAGUGCCAGGUGGAGUCAGAGGUUAGCCAGCGGUUAAGCGUUUGCCAUAUCCAGGCUAUCAGCGAGGAUAAAUCCUCCUGCCUGGUGUUUGUCGAAGGGCAGGGCAAAUUUAAAGACGUUCCCUAUAACAAUCUACAUCCGUUGCCGCCAAAUGAGUUUCAACCUUGGGACUGCAAGCCCAAGGAGCGAUCCGAACGAAACCGACGCUUCAAGUUGAGACGCAUGAAUCACCAAAUGAAUCAUCGUCAAAACAUAAAAAAGGCUGCUCCAGGUCGCAAAAAGUUGUCUCAGCCGACUCCGACCAUCCAAUGUCAUCAAGUGGCGCCUCUGCCUGACCAGCAGCUUGCUUCGGCUCCGUCUGUACCUCAGGUUUCCAUGCCCCCAUCGCAAACCACUCUCCGCCCGGUAUUCCUACCGCCUUCUCUCGUUGGGCCUCCAGGAGUGGUGCAGCAUAACCAGGAAUUGCUGCCCAACUCAAUUCAACCGCAGCACUUGAUGUUUCGUCCUUGCGGACCAAUCUUUUAUGUCACACCACCAAGAGCUGAAGCUGCGCCAGGCCUAGUACCGCAUCCUUUUGUUGUGCGCAACUCCGUGGUGAUCCAUUCGAAUCCGGAGCCCAACCCGCCUCCUACUUAGUUGCUGCCAAACGAGUAUAAUGCUUAAAUUUUUUUGUCUUCUGUAGAUUAAAAAAACUGAUAAAUAAUUAAUUUUUAUCUGUAUAAAAAAUAUCAUGUUUU